AUAUUGUUAGCCUUCACCUUGAUUCAUAUCUUCUGUAUUAAUUCGCUAAAUCUGCAGGAUGUACAGAAACAAGGACUCCUUUACGGGGCGCAUGGACGGCCCGAAGCUCUUCAAGAUUGAAGACCAACGUUCGGCACCAGUCGAACCCUCCAAACCUGCAAUUUUUCUCGGAGUACAAGCUCGGGGCAACACGCCAAUGGUCACGGUGGGUCCGAAGUAUGAGCGGAAGAAUCAGUUCAGUUACAAUGAAGACAGGAGACCGGAACAGGACGGGAAACUGCUCGACAAGUUCGAUCAUUUUUACGACGACACGAAGGUUCUGCUCAUCCUAUUUCAGAUAAUGGGCGUCAUGCCCAUACAGCGGGGAAUCGGAACGACGACUUUCGAGUGGACCUCAACCGCGACCAUCUACGCGAUGUGUUUGUGGGUAGCUGAAACGGUGGUUGUGAUCCUGGUGGGCAGAGAGCGAAUAGAGAACACUUUACAGCCCGACAAGCCCUUCGACGAGUACAUAUACAAUAUAAUUUUCCUCUGUAUUUUGACGCCGCAUUUCCUGCUACCAAUUGCAUCAUGGCGUUACGGGGGAGAAGUGGCGAAGUACAAAAACAUGUGGACGCAUUAUCAGCUUCGAUACUACAGAGUGACCGGCUCAAUCCUUGAGUAUCCGAACUUGAAACGGAUGUGCAUUGCGCUCUGCAUAAUCUCUUGGCUCAUUUCAAUCGGCGUUGUGGUCUCGCAGUUUUAUUUGCAGCCUGGUUUCACAAUUUGGCACACAUCCGCCUACUACCAUAUCAUCGCUAUGUUGGACUGCCUGUGUGCUCUGUGGUGGAUCAAUUGCACCGCCAUUGGCUCCGCAUCCAAAGGACUUGCACUCAACCUCCACAAGGCUCUUGAGAACACAGAAUCGGCCGAUCUUCUCGUCGAAUACCGAGCUCUGUGGCUAGAUCUGAGCCACAUGAUGCAGCAGCUUGCUAAAGCUUACGCUAAUAUGUACGGAAUCUACUGCAUGAUCAUGUUUGUCACGACAAUUAUCGCUGGUUACGGAGCGUUCUCAGAAAUUCUUGAUCAUGGCUUCAGCCUGAAAGAGCUCGGACUUUUUGUGAUCGUCGCUUACUGUACGGGACUCUUGUACAUAAUAUGCAACGAAGCAGAUCACGCAACGCGGAAAGUUGGUCUGGAUUUUCAGGAAAGAUUGCUGAACGUCAAUCUGGCUGCAGUUAAUGCCGAAACGAAAAAAGAGGUGGAAAUGUUCUUGGUUUCGAUUGCCAACAAUCCUCCAGUUUACAGUCUGAAUGGUUACGCGGUGAUAAACCGAGAACUUCUAUCGUCCAACCUCGCUACGAUGGUCACAUACUGGGUCGUACUUAUGCAGUUCAAACUGUCAUUAAUCCGGAGAGGAACAGAAAGCCCAACGACCACGAUAUUCAACUUGACCGCAGCUAUUGACUCAUCGUGA